CUAAGCACUACGGCUACUACAGUCACCACAAUGGCAGCAUCCAAAAACGAUAGUGGGUCCAAUGGGGAACAUCACCAUGACCAUGAACACGAACACGAACACGAACACGAACACGACCACAGUACUAAUGGAACUUUUAUAUCACCUGUACCACUUAAGAAGAAGAAGACUAUUAAAGAUUUAACGGUAGGAACAGGAACUCCCUUACAAACUAGGGCAGCUUCUCCAUUAAUUUUAAGAGCUCCUAUAGAUAGUGAUGGAUUAUCUUGGCCAUCAAUAGGAGCCAGAAAUCGAAUUGAUCAAAGUCCCGAAGAAGCUAAUGGACGAGAAGUUCGAAUUGCUAAUGCAGUUAAAACUAUUUUAAAAGAAUUAGGUGAAGAUACUGAUAGAGAAGGUUUAUUAGAAACUCCUGAAAGGUAUGCAAGAGCCAUGUUAUUCUUCACUAAAGGUUAUGAAGAUAAUAUUCGAGAUGUAAUUAAAAAGGCCGUAUUUGAAGAAGAUCAUGAUGAAAUGGUUAUUGUUCGUGAUAUUGAAAUUUAUUCAUUAUGUGAACAUCAUUUAGUUCCAUUUUUUGGUAAAGCUCAUAUUGCUUAUAUACCUAAUAAAAGAGUAUUAGGUUUAAGUAAAUUAGCAAGAUUAGCAGAAAUGUAUGCUAGAAGAUUUCAAGUUCAAGAAAGAUUAACUAAACAAAUUGCUAUGGCUCUUAGUGAAAUUUUAAGACCAAGAGGUGUAGCAGUAGUAAUUGAAGCAACCCAUAUGUGUAUGGUAAGUAGAGGAGUUCAAAAAACUGGAUCUUCAACUACAACAAGUUGUAUGCUUGGAUGUUUCCGUGAACAACAAAAGACUAGAGAAGAAUUCUUAACUCUUUUAGGUAGAAAAUAGUCUACUCGGAAUGAUUUCAACAUUAUCUUCCAUAUUCUUCCCUUUACUUCUCUUUUUUUAACCCUUUACCCUUUUACCUUUUAUAUAACGACGUUAUGAUAUUCAACCCUCAUACCAUUAAAUGUUUAGAAAUAUAUACUUAACUAUGUACA